AUGUCCAAGGCUGAUACCAAGGAACAUCUCGAGCAUCUCGAGGAUACCGGUUCCCCAAAUUCCAUUCACGAAACCAACAUCAACAUCGAUGAUCUCGACUCUAUCGAGCAGACCGAAACCGGCAAGUUUUCAUGGCUAAUCAGUAUCACUGCCGCCAUCGGUGGCAUGCUGUUUGGUUAUGAUACUGGAAUUAUAUCUGCUGUUCUUGUCUACAUCCACCAAGACCUUGGCAAGACUCUUACGUCUCAGGAGAAAGAACUCAUUACCUCGAUCACCUCUGGUGGUGCUUUCCUGGGUGCCAUCUUUGCAGGUUGCUCUGCUGAUCGGUACGGACGAAAGGUUGCUAUCUAUGUGGGCUGUGUCCUCUUCAUUAUCGGUGCCAUCAUCCAAGCCGCUUCUUUCUCCGUCGCCCAGAUGACUGUUGGCCGUCUAAUUGUUGGAUUUGGCGUUGGCAGUGCUGCAAUGAUUAUACCUCUCUACAUUGCCGAGUGUGCACCGAGCAAGUAUCGAGGACGUAUGAUCGGUCUUGAUAAUAUGUCGAUCACUGGUGGUCAACUGUUGAGAACUAUAGUAUACAUAUUGCACUGCUAUUCAUUGCCAGCAAAGGGCAAUCACGUUUGA